AUGGAUCCAUUACAUAUCACCGAGUUCGGUUCGGAGCGCUAUCUCGAGAAGGUCCAACAGUCUCAGGCCCAGACACAGGCAAAUGCUUCCAAAGGGCAGGGGGCAGUCUCGACGCUCCUCCAGUCCCCCUUUAUUCUCCCUAUUCGCGAGUCCGGCGCCACGGGCUCAGAUGUCGGGGCCAAGUCGAACGAGCAAAAGCGUCCGGAAAAGAAGGGAUUCAGCUCCUGGAGGAACAGAUUUACCAAGCCCCCAGCAGUCCCAUCUUCGAGUAUCUGUGAACAGCCCGAACGUCGUCCCUCGUUGCCAGAAUCGACAACCAAACAGCCGCUGCCUUUCGACCAUCUGUUUGCCGCGCUGCCGAACGAACUGCAGGUCGAGAUCAUCGCAUCACUUCCGCUCUCUGAUGUCUUGAACCUUCGACUGGCUUCGAAAUCCCUUCACGCUCUGGUAUCGCUGAACGAAGUCCCCAUCACACGCUACCACCUUGACCACCACAUACCCGCGUACGCCAAACGGCUCUACCCUUUGCCCCAGGGGCGUUCGCUCAACUUUCACUAUCUGUGCGGAAUUUGGCAUCGGCUACACGUUGCCGCCAAGCUGUCUCACCUAAUGUGCCAGUUGAUAAUCAGAGAACAGUUGCUCCUCAACACUGAAGAAAAGAGGAGGCAGUACGCCCCUCAAACAGAGCGGAUGCGCCGCCGUCUGAUUCCCAUUUUGUUUACCGUGUUCCAUUUCUUCGAAACGUACCGGAAGCUUCACCUCAAAUACAUGGCCGAACACGACGGCUUCGGCCUAUCAAAGACGCCUUAUACGGUCAAUCCAAUCGAGGCCGAGAUCAUGAACAUGUACGACGACCGCACACUUCUGCGCGUUCAUGAGGCCUUUCCCCUGGUAAUAUGGGCCUUUUGCAGAAGGCUCCGACCACCAUCCUAUGUCGGCCGCGUCGAGCGAUCGCUGAGGGGUUACCUUAAAGAGAGACCACCUGACGAGGUCCAUGUUGCAGUGUUGUGCCUCGGUGGCAUGCGGGAAGUCUUGAGGCUCUGGGAGGUGAAGGGUUACAAUGCACGGCGGGCGGCCGUCGAUGCUUGGUAUGAGUCGAUUCUCCAUGAACAACCGGUGGAGCCGGAGCCGAAAAGAAGACGAGGGAUGCUGGGCCUCAAGAGGAAGAAGUCUUCUUUCAACAUGGGCAAGACGAAUGGUCAUGGGCACGAGGCACAGCACGGCGCAAACGACGUGAGCGCAGCACGCGGGAAACAGCCAGACAGCCUCGUUUUUCACACCAGCUUAGCGGCUGGUAUGCCCAUGGCCGCCCUGAGCAAGGACGAAUCCAAACUGUUGUACCCUGAUCUUCCGGUGCUGCAACGAAUAUGGCUGGUCACAGCCGAGGCCAUGAUCUUGGAUCGCAAAAUUGUCGAACGACCGGCACAUAUACAUCGCAACGCCCAAGUAUUUACCGAUUUGAUUUCCGAAAGCGGCAUCGAUGAAGAAGACCAGUGGCUCUAUGGUACCACCGCACCGGAGUCUGUCAGGCCGAACCUGGACGCUAUUGAAGAAGACCCAGAUGAAUAA